AUGGUGAGCAAGCUGGGAGUCCGAACCACGAAGACGAAAGUAGUUUUCAGUGAUGCCAAAACGUCCAGGAACCCAACGCAGGAAGUUCGGGAUCCUCUUCUGCCUGGUGCGCGGCGACGACCAGGGAGAGGAGACGACCAGCCUAGGUACGUUCCCGACGACUGGGAUGACUCUCUGCCCUACGGUGGGAAGGUCUACCUGGCGAGGAGGAAGCUGCCCGACUCCUGGUUCUGCGUCGGUCUCCAGGUGGUCGCCGUAUUAGCAGCAUUCGGUCUGCUCUACUACGCAUGGUACCACACCGACCAUAUGCACUUCCACAUCACCAAAGCCUACGCGCACCUCGGUCACCUGGACGCGCAGGCUACGGUGGGCCACAAACUGCUCAUGGGGAAAGGUGUGGAAAAGAACCACACAGCUGCCAUGGAGUGGUUCAAGAAGGCCUCGGACCAAGGCCACCCUCACGCCGCCUACAACCUGGCUGUGGGUCAUCUUCAAGGCUACAAGAUCGGUCUGAAGCCUGGAGAUGCUCACGAGCUCAUAAAGCAAGCUGCGGCAAAGGGAGUUCCAGAGGCGAUAGACGUCUUGGAUAAGGUGUGCUCUCGUGGGCACUGUGAUGCGUGAAGUUACCGGAUUCCAGUCAAUCAUUCUUUUCAGUUGUGUACAUACAGCCAGUUGUCUAAUUCUUAUUUUACCUGCUGGCUGUUUGUAAUUUACCCCACCUCUCCAGGAAUUCAAGUAAUAAAAGAAAUUUCAGUACUGCAACAAGUUAACAUAGUAGCAGUAUAAGAAUCAAGGUAUGAAAAGUUUGAUACUGGAUUCACAACUAUUGUGACUUAAGUUUGU